AAAAAAAUGAAAAACUUAUCCUAUCCGUUAUUUGAAGUUAGUUCGUGGGGUUAUCAUGGCAUCCGCCUGAGUGUAUCAGAAAUGGCCACUGCUCCUCUCAUUCCCGUUUCCUCUUCCUCUUCCUGGUUCCCGCGCCUCUCUUCUCCUUUCAAGGGAACAGUGAAAACCUUGGAGGCAAAACCAUGUCUGAAGAUUCAGCGAGCAAGACCCCUGGUUUUGGUGGUCAAUAAGGUUGCCUCUGCCCCCGUGGCAGCAGCCAGUGUGGGCGUUCGGUUUCGGCUGGACAAUUUGGGCCCCCAACCGGGUUCGAGAAAGAAGGCUAAGAGAAAGGGUAGAGGAAUAUCGGCAGGGCAAGGGGCAAGUUGUGGUUUUGGGAUGAGGGGUCAGAAAUCUCGAUCUGGGCCUGGCGUUAUGAAGGGUUUCGAAGGUGGCCAGAUGCCACUCUAUCGACGAAUCCCCAAACUCAGAGGAAUUGCAGGAGGUAUGCAUGCGGGAUUGCCCAAAUAUGUCCAUGUAAAUCUGAGAGACAUAGAGGAUGCUAAAUUUCAAGAAGGGGACGAGGUGUCUCUAGAGACACUGAAGCAGAAAGGUGUGAUUAACCCAUCUGGAAGAGAAAGGAGACUUCCUUUGAAGAUUUUGGGUGAAGGAGAACUGAGCAAGAAGUUGACACUAAAAGCCCGUGCUUUUUCCACGUCAGCGAAGGAGAAACUUGAGAAUGUUGGUUGUUCCCUCACUGUGCUUCCUGGCCGCAAGAAAUGGGUUAAGCCAUCAGUGUCUAAAAACCUUGCCCGUGCUGAAGAAUACUUUGCCAAGAAGCGCGCCGCAGCUGCUACUGAGUCAGUUUCGGCUUGAAAUUGAACCACUUGAGUGUCAUCACAUUUAGAAAUCUUCAAGAAUGGAAGAGAGUGAUUUCUUUAGGAACUACUUCACAUAUUUGUCGUUCUUCAGAUAUCUCUCUGGUUCAUCUAGUUGUUGUGUUACUUAAGGCAUUAAUUCAUUCUUCUUUUUACAUUGAAUGGUGUUCUAGUGCUGCUUCCAAACUAAAAUUAGUGUGGUAUAACUCAUUACAUUUUGUUCAGACAUCACCAGAAUGUUUUGAAAAAAGAUGUAAAUUUUGGUUUGCCAA